AUGGUCAAAGAAAGAAAGUUUUACGAUCUCCUGGAAGUCCAGGUAGACGCUUCAGAGCCUGAUUUGAAGAAGGCAUACAGGAAAAAAGCCUUGAGACUACACCCCGACAAAGGUGGUGACCCAGAACUCUUCAAGGAAGUUACACAUGCAUACGAGGUUCUUUCCGACCCACAAAAGCGCAGUAUAUACGAUACUCGUGGUGAAGCUGGUCUUUCCGAGCAAGGUGGAAUGGGUGGGAUGGAUCCCCAGGACCUUUUCAGUCACUUGUUCGGCGGUGGUGGAUUCUUCGGCGGUGGUGGCGGUGGCGGUCGCCCGCAGAGUGCCCGCAAGACCAAGGAUCUCGUACACCGUGUGAACGUCACACUUGAGGACCUUUACAAAGGGAAAACCACCAAGCUUGCCCUUACUCGCAAUGCACUUUGCUCCAAGUGCCACGGUCGCGGCGGGAAAGAGGGUGCUGUGCGAACAUGCACUUCAUGUAACGGACGCGGUAUCAAGGUCACCUUACGCCAGAUGGGCCCCAUGAUCCAACAGAUACAGUCCGGCUGCGACGACUGUUCGGGUACGGGAGAAAUGAUCAACGCAAAGGAUCGCUGCCAGCAUUGCAAAGGCAAGAAAGUCCUGCCAGAGAAGAAGAUUUUGGAAGUCCACAUAGACAAGGGUAUGAAGGGCGGCCAGACGAUAGUUUUCGCAGGAGAAAGUGACCAAUCGCCAAACGCCGAGUCAGGAGAUGUUGUUAUCGUCAUAGAAGAAAAACCGCAUGACCGCUUCAAACGUCAAGACAAUAAUCUCAUAACGGAACUGGAGAUUGAUCUACUGACAGCCCUUGGUGGUGGACGAGUUGCAAUCCGUCAUCUCGACGAUCGCGCCCUCAUGGUGAACUUUGUUCCUGGUGAGGUGGUCAAGAAUGAUGCCAUCAAGGUCAUACGUGGUCAGGGGAUGCCCUCGCAGCGACACCAUGAACCAGGAGAUCUCUUUGUGAAGUUCACUGUGAAUUUCCCCGACCAUAUCGACCCAGCCGUUAUCCCCUUACUUGAGCGGGCACUGCCACCGCGGACAGAGAUCGAGAAAUUCCUUAAGAAUAUUCAUCUCGAGGAGGUGGAUCUGGAGGAGCCUGACGCACGGUCUAAGGCGACUGCUAUGUCAGAUGAGUCGAUGGACGAGGACCACGAAGGAGAGCCGCGUGUUCAAUGUGCAAAUCAGUGA